AUGAGGCUCAUGAGCGAAAGUGGGAAUCUUUCAAAAAAGAGCUUUCCGAUCGAUAUUGUUUACAGUAUUAGUAUGUUAGUAAAAAAGGGGGCAUACAAAAGGGUUCAUACAACCCGUUCAUACACAAGCCGUUACUUCGAUUCUGAUCUAUUCUAUACGCGUAUUCGUCAUACAACAUAUGCUUCUCCACAUCCGUUUUUGAUUCAAGCUGCCCAUGAUAUAGACCCGGGCUUCACCGUUCUGGAAAUCGUCUUAAUAAUCAUCGCUAUUUUCGAUCUUCUAAUUCGUUAUGUCUUCUCAUCGGUAAAAGGAUAUUCCAAAUUCCUUAUUACCUUGACCCUAAUUGAUAAGGAUGGUAAGGAUAUUACAUAUACUAUAUGUGAUGCAAUACCAUUGACUCCACUAGAUGGUAGCGCGUUCCUUCCUUAUAAGGAUAUCUUUUCCUAUAUCUAUAGGGCUGUUAUCCAAGUUUUUGAGACUUACAAAGGUGCUAUCAUUAGCAAAAUCGCCCUGCGUAUUUUUCUAACUGGUCAAAAUCUUGAAAAACAUCUCUCAAAAGAUGAAAUCAUAAAGAUACUUGAUACCCUUUUAGAGGAUCUUUCUCAUGAUGAUGAUGGCUACAAUUCAGACUGGGACGGUAGUGAGAAUGGCAACCAUGUUGGAAACAAGAACGAGAGCAAGAAGAGUCUUGGUCUUCUUUCGUUGGUUUUAAACGACAAAAGAGAUGUCAAACCCCCUGUUGCUAAACCUAUUUCGAAUAAGAAACGUACUUAUAAUAGCAAUAUAUCGCAAAUCAUUUCUUCCAAUCCUAAUCCUAAGGGUGUUACACCAUUUAUGGUGGCCGAUAUUGAGACAAUUCUUCAUAAGGAUGAUACGGGGAUGGAAGUGCAGACUCCAUACGCAGUAGGUUUACUGGUGGUUCUACCUGAAAAGGAAGUGGAUAAAGCGGAUAUUAUGACUUUCUAUAGCGAGGAUUUGCUUUACAAAGCAAUCUAUUCAUCCUUCAAAGAUAGGAGCGAGAAAAUCCUAUAUGAGAUGGUUAAACGGAUUGAUGUAGUAGCUACUACACAGUAUAAGACAGCUAAGUCUAUAUACUUCCAUAACUUAUCACGAUUCGAUGGAAUAAUCUUGCUUAAGCACUUAAUCUGUCAUCAUCCAUACUACAGCAUUCAACCUCUGAUUCGAAACCAUCGAAUUUACGAGAUCAAAGUCUACAAAAAGAUGCAACAAGAGGUGAAUGAAAAGAUGGUUGAUAAGAAAGGUGUUCUGUUAUUCUCCUUCAAAGAUUCGUUAAAUCUACUUCCUGGAAAACUGGCUACCCUGGCACAGAGCCUGUGUCCGGAUCUUGGGGCUAAAUAUGAUUUCGAUCAUGAGCAACUCAAAACUGUGGAAGAUAUCUCUCUUAGGGAAGAAGAAUUGCGUGAGUAUUUGAAGCAGGAUGUGCUUCUACUUGGAGGAGUUCUGAAAAAAGCUCAAGAGAUCAUCUUGAAUAUCUAUAAUGUGAACAUAAAUACAGUCUUGACCAUAUCAUCCCUAGCUAUGAGAAUCUUUCGUAUUCAAUACUAUGAUGCUUCGUCUUUUCCAAUCCACAUCCCAAACGUGAAUGAAGAUCAAUUCAUCAGGAAGGGCUACUACGGAGGUCAUGUUGAUGUCUAUAAACCAAGAGGUGAGAACUUGUACUACUAUGAUGUGAACUCUCUCUAUCCCUAUGUGAUGCAAGAAUACCCAAUGCCUGCUGGUAAACCAUACUGGAAUGGAGAUCUGAGGAAGAAAGAUUUAGACACCCUCUAUGGAUUUAUUGAGGCUUAUGUGAAAUGCCCGGAUUCUAUCAAAAAACCAUUUCUACCCUAUAGGGAAAAGGUUAAUGGAUCUCUCAUCUUUCCAACAGGAUACUUUGUCGGUGUUUACUAUAGCGAGGAGUUGAAAUAUGCUCGCGAUUUGGGCUACACCAUCUACCCUCUACGUGGCUAUCUCUUUAAGAAGACGGAAAGCCCUUUCAAGACCUUUGUCAACGAUCUAUAUAAUAGCAGGUUAGAGGCUAAGAAAGAUGGGAAUGAAGGAAUGUCUUAUGUUUACAAAAUCCUUAUGAAUUCACUUUACGGCAGAUUUGGUAUCAAUCCAAAAAUGACUAUUACCGAGAUCUGCAAUCAAGAUUGUUACAAUCAAUUAGUAAGAAAGGAUACUUUCAUAAAUGGGGACAAACUGUACGAAGAUACAUACGUAGCGAAUUUAAAGAAAGAUUUAUCAACAGAUAGUUGGGACCCGCCUAAGAAUGCUGCAGUCCAACUAGCAGCGGCUAUUACAGCAUGUGCAAGGAUCCAUAUGUAUCCAUAUAUAGCAAGAGAGGACUGCUACUACACAGACACAGACUCUAUAGUUCUUGGUAACCCACUCUCAGAUGAUAUGGUAUCUUCUUCAGUCUUAGGGAAAUUGAAGCUAGAAGAUCAAAUAGCGUGGGGGCUCUUUUUAGCACCUAAAACCUAUUGCUAUACUACAAUUGAUGGUAAAGAUGUACUAAAACACAAGGGUGCAGCAAAACAUUUUGUUGACAUUGAUUGGUAUGAAAACCAAUAUGCUAAUAGAAAGAACGAGAAAAGUGUACCGUAUUCGACUCCCUUUGGUGUUGAUUGGAAUCAACUUCGGAUUGUUAAGAAAACGUCACAUCUUGCGAUGAAUGUGGAUAUCGGUACCAAAAGGAAAGUGGUAUACAGUGAAAAUAAUGUUUGGUUGGAGACCACACCCUUUAAAGUGGAAAACUUAAAAGACUGCUCAAAUCAGGACUUGAGAUACAUUAUCAAGAAAAUCCAACAUGAGAAAGAUAAAGAAGAUGAGACUACUAACACUUCUUCAACUACGCCUACGGAUGGCAAGAAAGAGACAGAAAGCAGCAACGUUGAUGAUAGCACUUCUUCGCCAACCAGCUCUUCAACAACCAUUGAUGAUAGAACUUCGACUAAUGCACCUUAUAGCACUGUUGAGAACCCACGCUCUGGCAAUGAUAGUGAUGAAGACGGCUACGCCAGUGAUAGAAACGAACGCUCAGACUCACGCUCUGGCAAUGAUAGCAAUAACCAUAACAGCAACGAACGCUCAGGUGGCAACAACGUUGAUGAACGCUCAGACUCACGCUCUGGCUACGGCAGUUCACAUGAAAGCAAUGAUAAUAGCAAUAGCUCUGGGAGUGAUGAAGACGGUGACAAUAAGGAUGAAAUCCUACCGGAUAAAGAAGAUGAGACUACUAACACUUCUGAGAAGUCUUCUUCAACUACGCCUACGGAUGGCAACAAAGAGACAGAAGCAAGAACUGUUCGUUCAGAUGGCAAUGGCAGCUACUAUGAUAGCACUUCUUAUAGCACUGUUGACACUCAACAUACGGAUGACCAUGAUAGUGAACCAGAGAAUAGCUCCCCUGGCAACGAUAGCAAUAACAACAAUGAUAAUAGCUCUGGUAACGGCAAGGGAUGGUCCUUAGAGAAAGAAUAUGAUAACAAUUCUGGGAGUGACAAUAAGAGUUGUACCCCUCCUGAGAACCAUUCUUCAAGUGAUUCAGACAACAAUAACAAUAGGACUUCUUCGCCUACCACAACUAACAGUUCUUCAGGAUGGGAUGCACUUGUAAAAGAGAUGAAAAGAGAAAAAGAACAAAAAGAAAGAGAUACAACUUCUUCAACUAGCAGCACUUGUGAGCCUACUUCUACCUAUGCGCCUACUGCAAAUGAUUACACUACAGCGCGAAACGUAGAUGAUUAUUCUCAACGUGACACCAUAGGAGAAAAUGAAUUGAUUGAACACUAUGUUAUUAGAAUGGAGAACAAAGAUAGAGUGAAAGAGAUCUGGGAUCGCAAAGCAAGAGCAGAAGAAAUGCUGAGCAAACUCAAUUCAGACAAUGUAUACAACCCUAGAACAAGAAAUUAUUGGAAAGAUGAAAUCAGGUGUGUAAACCGGGCCUAUGCUAUCUUCAAGACCCAGAAGGACAUCAGGGAAGGUAAGACAACAGUAGAAGAUAUUACACUAUCCAACUGGUAUGCUGGGGAUUAUUCUGCGGAUAUUCCUUAUCCCUAUGAUCCAGACGUUAAGAUACUUCUUGACAAAUUCAAGGAUAAAGAAAAAGCACAACACGUAUGGCUAUGGAAAGAGAGAACCCAUAUGGAGCUAAAAAGAGAAGCUGAGAAGGGAGAUAAUGCUGACCAACGACUUUUGAUGUUGUACAAAUAUCGUAUAGCAUGUGUCAAGGUCGCUUACUCUAAAUACAUGGAUAGUCAACAAAUGGAUGGAGACGAAAGACUCGAAUCUUUAGCAGACUUCCUACCCUCUAAUGAUAGCUAUGAUUAUGAGAGCAAUGGCAGCUACUAUGAUAGCUAUGAUGUAGAGAGCAAUGGCAAGAAUGAUGAUUCUAGCUUAACUACAAGUGUAAACGAUACCACUACAAGCGAAGACAGAGUAACCAACGAUUACACUACAAGCUCGAGCAAUGACAGCUACUACGAUAGCUCUUCUUCCAUUGAUAUAAGUGCGCAGGAGCUGGAUAGAAGUUCAGAUAAGACUGAUGAUCAUACGCAAGAACAAAGAGAUAAUGCUCAUCUUUCAGAACCCUUUAAGCGCGACAAAGAGGUCGAGCAUCUUGAGAAGAAUCAAGAUGAUCCAUAGAUAAGCGGCAGAAAGAUCUUCUAUUAUAGACACCUACUUAUAUUAUAUACAAUCAAAUCGAUCUUCUCCACGUUCUAUCGUGCCAUCAGGUGCAAUACGAAAGACUUUCUUUACAGGACCUAUUCUCGAGUACAUACAUCCUAAAGUAUCGAUAGACUUUAUAUACCCGUUGACUAGCUCAAGAUCUACCAGCAGAUCUUCUAUACCGAAGAAAGCCUUUUCUUGUUCAUUGUCUUUAAUAAAGAUAAAAACGGUAUCAUAAUACCUCUCAAACUCAAUACUAGGAUACUUUCGAGCAAAGCCAGGAUCAAAGCUUUCGGCCAAGUAUAGAUUGAAUAAGACUCUGCAUAUUUCACCUAGAGUUGGUAUACCAUAAGGAGAUGGUGGAUGAUACAUAUCCUGAUGUAAAAUAUUGAGUUCCAUCAACUGAGAUAUGAGUCUAUAGACAGACUUAUCAUGAAGGAUAGGUGACAGCGUCUCUAAUAAAUGAGUUUUAGGAAUGAAAUUCAAGGAUUCAUCUAAUUCAAUUGAGUACAACCUUUGAACCCUUAUACCUAGAAGACUUUUAUAAAAAGCCUCGAUACUUGAUCGAUUCAAUAUUCGGUAAUCAUCAUUUAGCGGUAAGCUACCACAAGAGAAACGAUAUAAGAAACGUGCUAAACCAGUGUAGACCACUACAUCAUCCUUAUGCGGUAAAAGAACCUCUAUAGAACCACGAUGACGUCGACUUUUGCGAAACAUGAUAUCAGGAUAAGAUGAUAUAAGUACUUCGGCAUAAUACUUUGAAAAAGCAUACUCCGGGAUGAGAAGAUAUCUUAGUGGAGAUAGAUGGUACUCAUCCGAACAUAUUUGUUGUAGAAUUGAUUCUAAUUGAUCAAGAGGCAUAGACCAACUUGUAGUUGUCGUUAAAUCGUUAUGAACAAAGAGAAUAUCUUCCAAUAGCUGUUGGCGUGUACAUAAAGACGAGUUAAAGCGCUUUAGAAUACAAUAUCCAUAUCCAUUAGAUAGAUAAUGGUUUUGAGAACGUAAGACGUUAGACACACUAAGUGAAUGAAGUACAAUGCCCAUUUUUUUCCUUCUAUACAUUGUUCAUUACAUUACUCAUAUCUACUACACCUGUAGUAAUUAUGAAGGCAAUCAUUAAGCCUAAACAUACAUUCCGAAGAACCACACCACUAGCCGGGAUAUUCAUCUCAGAAAACGGGGGAACAUUCACAAAUGUUGAUUUGAUCCUCUCAGACAUAUCCUUUUGAGCUGUAAACUCAACACAAUUGUA